AAUAUUUUCCCAUCCAUCCAGAAGAGAAGCAAAAGCCCUCCCUCUGAAACGGAAAGAAAGAAAGUACCGGAAGGAAGGCCAUGGCUUGUUUAUGCCCCUCUUUCUUUCCCAGCGCCUCCACCUCUUCACUUCCAGUUGUCAGAAUUACUACUGCAUCUUCGCGCCGUCGGCGACUCAUUUGCGCCGCUGCCACUCCUGACUACUACAAACUUCUUAAACUUCCUAAAAACGCUACUUUGCAGGAGAUUAAAUCCUCCUAUCGAUCUCUUGCUCGGAAGUAUCAUCCGGAUAUGAACAAGAGUGAUGGGGCAGAAGAAAAGUUCAAAGAAAUAAGUGCUGCAUAUGAGGUCUUAUCUGAUGAAGAGAAACGAUCAUUAUAUGAUCGUUAUGGCGAGGCUGGGGUACGAGGGGAAUAUGAUGGAUCAGGUGCUGGUUCUCAGGAGGUGGACCCGUUUGAUGUGUUUGGCACCUUUUUUGGGGAUUCAAAUGGGUUUUUUGGCGGUAUGAACGAGUCAGGAGGAAAUAAUUUCAAUUUCAGAAGCAAGGGAACCCGUGCCCUCAACAUUUGGCAAGAUGUGUAUUUGAGCUUUGAAGAGUCAAUAUUCGGAGCAAAACGGGACAUUGAAGUCUCCUGCUUUGAGACAUGUGAUCGUUGUGGUGGAACAGGAGCUAAAUCAAGCAAUUGUAUAAUAUCAUGUAGCCGUUGUAAAGGUAGAGGAGCAGUGGUAGAAACUCAGAAAACACCAUUUGGGGUCAUGUCUCAGGUAUCUAGUUGCUCAAAGUGCGGUGGUGAUGGUAAGAUUAUAACCGAACACUGUAAGUACUGUGGAGGCAAAGGUGAAGUGAAGUCACUGAGACGUGUCAAAGUGGUGAUCCCACCGGGCGUGUAUGAUGAAGCCACCAUGCGAAUGGAAGGAGAGGGUAAUGUUGACAAAAACAGGAAUAGAGUUGGUGAUUUGUAUUUAGUCCUUCACGUCAACCAAAAACAAGGAAUACGAAGGGAGGGUCUUCAUCUUUACUCAGAUAUUAAAAUUGAUUAUUCACAGGCAAUAUUAGGUACUGUUAUUAAGGUUGAAACGGUUGAAGGUCUAAAAGACCUUCAUGUUCCUUCUGGGGUUCAGCCUGGAGAAACCAUAAAACUUUCAAAAAUGGGAGUUCCAGAUGUCAAUAAACCGUCUGUUAGAGGGCAUCAUCACUUUAUUGUGAAUGUCCAGAUCCCAAAAUAUAUCAGCAAUGAGGAACGCCAAUUGGUUGAAAAGUUGGCGGCGAUACGAAAUCACACAAUUUAUGGAGGACAGGAUGAUAAGCACAAAAAGGAUUCUUCAAGCCACACCAGCAAAAGGCCUACUACAUCUUUAUGGAACUCGAUCUGGGCCAUAUUAGGGCGCGGACAAUCUGAGGAUAGAUUUGCUUCAACAAGCAUGUGCCCCCUGCCGGUGUACCUGAAGUAUCAGUCACCAAAUUCUCCAGCCAUGGUUCUUACCGCCAUAGUUAUUAUCAUGACAUGUAUGUUUAACACCACACGUAACAGAAAAAAACCUUAAACAAAACCAAACAUGUAUUCACUAUUUUUAUAAAAUCUUUUCUAUGCUGACUCAUCA